AUGCUCCACCAUAACAUCAACACCGGUCCUGGUAUUAUUCUCCCAUCAAGCAGGAUAAUAAGAUCCAAACAAUUUCUGGAGAGGAAGCAGCCGACCCCCGGCUCUACAGGUAUCCGAAAGAAGAAAUCUACCGCCAAGGCACCGGCUCCGGCAAAAGACAAGUCCGGAAGCAAGAAGGGUAAGGAACCGAUAACAUUCACGGAACCGCCCUCGCAAACAAGAGAUGAGGAAGAAUCGGCUUCCACGUCUGACCGAACCGACUCACAGAAAACCGAUGAAAAUCCUUCCGAUAGAGAAGGACGGAAUGAAGAAGAAGAUUCGGGUACAAGUCCUAACCAUACCGGUGCGACCGCAAGCCUUGAGAACAUCGAUUCCGGUGCAGACGGCCGUGAGGAGGAGGAGGCUACCCCUGAUAACGACCAGAAGAUGGCCGAAAUCAUAGUGCGCCGAAUCUUGGAGGAAGUCGAACAACGAGUUCAAGCGGUUGCCGCGUUGUACCGGGAAUGGCACGAAAGGCUGAAGGAGAUAGAGGAAACCAUCAUAAGCCUCACAAACGCAGAAACUCCUAACGAAGCCAUGGACCGAUACGCAAUCGUGAAACCGCGUGCUCGGCUACAAAAGCUAACCGUACGCAUACAAAAGCUGACAGAAAGGUAUGUGGCGGGAACACCGAAGGCCAAGUUACAACUCCGAGUGCUGGAAAUGCUUGAAGUGAGGAAAGGAGAAUUCCUUGACGAAAUCAAGCAGAUUGACGCGGAGAAAAUCAAGAAAGCCGUGCGCCAAACACUCCUGUUCGCCGAAAAGACGAGGGAUGAUCUCAUAAAGGCAGAGGACCGGAUCACCGCCAUCGAAGACGAAUACCGGGACGACGUGGUUCUGCACAACGAGCAUUAUCAACAAACCGAGGACUUGGAAGAUAAGACCUCAAGGAUAGUAGAUGACAUGGAUUGGUUUGAAAGGGAAAUCGAGCAACGAUUCAAAGAGGUCGAUGAGGACCUAGGGCAGUCAAGAAAUGAAGUCGGCUCGACACUUGACAGGGUCAAUGAGUUGAUAAAUGCCAAGAUCAAUGCUGACAUAGCGGUUGAGGAAGCCAACGCCCGAGCGGCUAAGGAAGUCCAAGAUGCGCUGGACGAAGAAGCGCGGAAAGAAAAAGAGACACCGCGUCUGACCGAAGAAGAAAUAGUCGAGCGCGAACGAAACCUAGCGGCUCAAAAUCCGGGACUUGCAAGUCCGUGGCAGCUCAAGCGGCCAAAGAUGCAGAGCGGUUAA